GACACCAGAGGUAGAAAAGUCAAAAUUAAAAAGAUCGUAUUUUGCCCUGUGUGCUGUGUUACAAAAAUUCCUCCAUGUCUUAGUUGAACACCGCCCUUGAUAAUUGUUGCCGGGUUUUUUUUUUAUAUUUCACCUGGUGACCUAAUUCAGGAUAUAGUACAUGAUUAUGUGGACAUGAAUGGAAAAUUGUCUAAAGGUUGUGGUUCUGGGUGGGGACUCCGUGGGGAAAACCAGCCUCAUUCUGGUGAAGACCAAACACAAGUUCCCAUAUCGGAAAGUUCCUCAGUUGGCGGAUCCAACAAUUGUCAGAACGCGGAUUGACGGGAAAUCUUACACCUAUUCUGUAUGGGACACGAAAAAGAUAGAGCAGUGUGAGCAGCUACACUCCCCCACCCCUAGUCUGACCUCGGACGUGUUCGUGUUGUGUUUCUCAGUGGAUGACCGACACUCCUUCACCUCUCUGGUACAGAAAUGGCUCCCUCAACUCAGGACCAGCUUCCCUUACGUCCCCGUGGUCCUGGUAGCCUGUAAAACCGAUCUUCGGUCUUAUCCCUCAGUUUCAGCAACAAAUCACGUGACCUAUGCAGAAGGAAGCGCGGUGGCGGAUCAACAUAAUUAUUUAUACUGCGAGACUAGCGCUCUGUUGUCGGAGGGGGUAACAGAUUGCUUCAACUUAGCUGUCAGGUAUGCCGAUUUGAACCUUGACCGGGGAGAGAACUCCACAUCUGUCUGUUUCUGCAUACCUGGUAGUUCCCGGUCUAACGUCCACGUGCAAAUGGUCCGACCGCCAGAAGUUCCUCCAGAUUUUGAAAUCGAAUCUUCAACAUUUCCUGAGGAAUGGUUAGAGACUCUAUUGGAUGGCAAGCAUUAUGACGUCACAUUUCUAGUACAAGAUCACCAUUUUAAUGCCCACCAGGUUAUUCUGUGUUCAGCUUCCGGAUUUUUCUGUAAAUUGUUUCAGACAGAAAAGAUAUUUACUAGUAUAGCCUCUCCAGUGUCUUCUUUCUCUCGGGAUAAGAAAUCCAGACAUUCCACGAUUCAUAUUGAGAGCUCAAUUUCACCGGAAGUGUUCAAGAUUUUAAUGGAGUUUCUAUAUACUGGUUCUGUGUUUCAACACAGUCAAGAGGAAGAGCGACGUGAACUAGCCAUGGAUCUGAUCAAUGUUGCUAGGAUGUUUGAAUUGAUUGAACUGAAAUGUAUUUGUGAAAAUAUUCUGAAUGAAAGAGAAUAUCUGAAUCCCAGCCUCUGCAGUACAAUUUGUGACCGGACAGGACAAAGAAUGCGGGACUUGUUCCUGAAUUGUGUGGACACUGCUGACGUGGUGUUUGUAGUCAAAGGUAAAAGACUUUAUGCCAAUAAAGCUGUGCUUUCAACCAGAUGUGAAGUCAUGACUAGAAUGUUUUCAGGGAACUUUAUAGAAUCGAAAUCCGAAUUGACGGAAAUAGAAAUCCCGAAUAUGACAACAGAGAGUUUUCUGUUGUUUUUGGAUUAUUUGUACUCUGAUCAUGUGGAUUUUGAGAGUGCUGAUGUAUUAGAAGUGUUAAAGAUAGCGGAUAUGUACUGUCAGAAACGUCUACUGACGAUAUGUGAAUACUGUAUAGCACAGAAAGCACGGUCAUGGACGUUAAAGAAAAGGGCGGAUCUAGUGUUCCAAGUGCUACUUUGUGUUCAGCCAUUUCACACAGUAAACCUGGUUAACUGGUGUUUGUUUGAGCUCUCCAAGAACAUCGACAAAGCAAGAAACAGUAAAGAAUACAGUAAACUAACGGAGGAAAACAGGAGGGUCCUGGAGGCCCGGGGGUCGUCACAGGGGUACAAAGCCCGGGGGUCACUGUACGAUCCUCACGUAGCGGAUAGAAAUACAUGUGCGAUCAUUUGAAUGGGUGGAAAACCGAAGAUUCUCCAUCUCUGAAGGGACAGGAGUGGGGAAAUGGUGAAAAAUUCGGUUUUAUUUUCAAAAAGUAUCUCUAAACCGGCAGCUCAACAUUAAUUGAAUAUUUAUAUGUGUAUCAGUAGAAUAAUCAAAUGGGUGUAUAUGCUGUGAUAUU